AAUUCCUCAUCGGGUGCAUCAUUUGCAGGUCUGGUUAUUCAACCCGGUCUUCUCACCGCAGUCUGGCCCGCUAACGAACCAACUGUGAGGGGCUAUGCUUUGCGAUGGACUGUAAACGGAUUCACAGAGACGAAGAAAGAUUUACCGCCGUCUCAACGGAACUACAGUUUGAUAAAUAUUGAUCCUUGCACCAACGUGUCGAUCGAGGUGCUCAAAACUGAAAAAGAUUUAUCGGAAAAAUUGCAUGCCCAGAUUCACCUUAACGAUACCGACAACCUUAUGCUCCAACCAGUUGUGACAUAUCUAGAUAAUAAGCUGUUUUUGGACUGGUCCGACAUUUGGAGGUGCACCAAAGCAACCACCUUCAAUCUGACCAUGAAAACUCAAUCGGGUCACGUGGUUUACGAGGAACACGACAUACGGAACACGUUUCAAUCAAUAACAUAUCGACCGGAUUGUGAACAAACCGAGGUAUGCAUCACCGCCGGCACAGUGAGUAGGCAGAUACUGGGAAUGCGAUGUGUGGCCGACAUUAGACCAUUCAGAAGAGACAAACCGUCAAAGCCCCGACUGGAACAGAAGGAAAACGGUGACUUGUCUAUAGAAUUCACCUGGUCAGACUCAUGUUCACCGUCUCUCGUUAGUGUGAUUAUUCGAUCCAAGACGCAUUCAGAAGUUGUGCGUUCAAGUCGAUCCAAAACAGACAGUGUGAAUAUACCGUAUCCCAAGUGGUGCUCCAAUUGUCUGGUCUAUGUGGUUGCCUCGUAUCCACAUCUACAAGAUGAAAUUUCCGAACCAGAAAUUUUGAUGGGCAAGUGGAUUCCUGAUAUAACCGCUUACAAAAAUUUGCUGGUCAUGAAGGAGUUAACUUAA